AUGUCUUUGUCAGUUGACGGCAUUGCGCUGCCGGGGCGCGUCGGCGCUCGCGACGCCGCUGCACAAUUCAGAGAGCUGGCCGCGAAGUAUCAGUUUGAUGAGCGCAUCGCCACCCACCUGGUCGAAACCGUGGGUCUAGAGACGUUGGUCGAUUUCGCGCAUGCCGUCACGAGCGAGAACGAGUGGGCGCCGAUCCUCGAGCGCGUGCCGGAUCUCGAGAGGAGGCUGGGACAGCUGUCCCGCGUGCGCCAGCCCGGCCCUCAGCGCGCCAGCGCCAGCAGCUGCGACGUGCACUGCGACGUGCGCGGCCUGCUGCAGCCGCCUGCGGCCGGCGCGGGGCACCGAGGCGCCGCGGCGGGGCGGGAGAACGGGAUGCUCGUGUCGAGGGCCUUCCAAAGUGUGUGGCGGUGGCUGAACGCCAACAAAGGGCGCCGCUUGUACCACAACUCGCAGGGCAUCGCCACUCAGCUGCGGCACAGCGUGGACAAGCCACGGGAGGCCGCCGCGGUGUCUUGCGCGAGGUGCGGGGGUGCGCCGCCUGCGCUCGCCUCGGGGCGCGUCCGCGCGGAGUGGCAGAGGCCAGCGGCGGGGUCCCCCGAGCGCGACCGGCUGCUGCUGCUGUGCGGCGGCGCGGGCAGCGAGAGCGAGGGCGACAGCGCGCCUGCCCAAGACGCGUGCUCCUACGCCGUGUGCGAGUCCUGCGCGCGGCUGCCCCACAGCGAGCGGCCGGCGCGGGGCAAGCGGCGCCGACUGCCGGCGCUGCCUCCACAGUGCAGGUCGCUCUCGCUGGUGGAGCGGAUCGUCCACGGGCCGCUGACGUCUGAGCUCCCGGACGCCAGCGGUGCGCGCGCGCGGCCUGGAGUCUCCGACGCGGGGCUCCGGCUGCCGCUGCGCUGUCUCGCACGCGUCGAUCGCAGCGACGCUGUGAUUGACGCGUGGCAGCGACAGCGCCGCGACAGCGCUGUCGUUGACGACAUCGGAACGAAGGACAUUGAGCCGCGCGCCAGUUUGAAGGCUGCCAUGGCGGCGGAGAUUCAGGACAUGUGGCCGCGAGCCGAGUUCCGCGGCGCCAUGCGGCUGCGCUCCGCGAAGCCUGAGGGCCGCUCUACGGCAGUAAAGACGGGGGACGACGUAGCGGGCAAGGGAGAAGACAACGACAGCAUUGGCAAGGGCUCCGAGAGGUCAUAUUGCCCAUGGCGCGCGUGCGACGACACGGAGCCGCCGCCCACGGAGCUGGAGCAGAGGAUACUCGACGACCGGGAUGCCCACAGGGACACGGUGGACGAGGUCCGCAGAUCCAUGCAGGAGGAGCUUAAGCUGGCAUCUGAGCGGCUCGGCGCCGUGGAGGCAGAGCUGACGACAGCCAGGCAGCGGUGCGAGCACCUGAUGCGCAACAAGGCAGACUUGCAGCAGGAGCUGGGCGAUCAUGCUGAGAGGCACAAGGGCUUGGAGGCGCGCAACCGCCUCGCGUAUCCACGCCUCGGUCUUCACUUCCAGGGCCUCUCCAGCCUUCACCUCAAUGUUUUGUACAACGAUGUCUUCACCACGGGGCAAGUGCCUCAAGGACCUUGCCUAGCGGCAAGGCCGGCGGUCCUGGACGCUGUCACGUCGAACGUUACGAAGGCGCUGGCCGCGGAGCUGAGGCGGCUGCCCGUGGAUGCGCUGUUCCCGCAGCUGACGGAUGUGGUGGAGGUCCUCGAGAAGUGGCACCGACGCUUCCCGCUCAGGAUCUGGAAGCGGUUCGUCAGGGUGUACAAGGGCGCGGCGCACCAGACGCCAUGCGUCCUGAAGGAGUUCAACGAGUGCGCCCCGGUCAUCGACAGGGUGCGGGCCUGGAUUGCCACCCUGCCAGAGGACGCACCUCCGGCCACCGUCAUCGACCUGGGCGCGGGGUUCGGCUUCCUCUCCAUGCUGCUGGCGGAGCUCCUGCCGCCGCAGCGUGUCGCGAGGUGCAUCCUGAUAGACGCCGACUUCCCGAACCGGGGCCUGGAGGUGCCCAGCGGCCAGAUCUCCACCGAGCACAUCUACGGGUGUGGGCAGUGGCGGAUACCCCUGUGCACUCUGAAGGUGGACCUGAAGAAGGGCAGGGCGCUGAACCAGGUCGGCGCGCACCUCCUGCGCACCCCUGCAGAGCAGGACGUCGCUGCAGGCGGCGCUGGUGAGGCGCCAGCCGCGCCGCCCGUCUUCCUGUGCGGGGUGCACCUGUGCAACACGCUCAGCCUCCGCGCAGCCCAGCUCUUCAACGAGCACCCAGAGGCCACGGCCCUGGCGUUGGCGCCGUGCUGUUUCCCCACGCAGCGGCACCUGGCGCAGCAGGUGGUCUACCAGCUCGGCGCUCACCGCUUCGCGGCCAGCCAGUUCCUGGAUAGCAGGACCACGCCCUCCAGCGCGGCGCGCUUCGCGAGCUGGAACGAGCACAUCCUCGAGGGCAUCGAGCCAGGGCCCGGAGGGACGAAGGCCAUGGAGAGGCACCAGCUCCACCGACCACAGUCGGGAGGCAUGUUCGCGCAGGACCGGUACAUCUUCGCCGCGCGGCCCUGGCGGCGCGAUGCCGUCGCGGCGUCCGAGGUCGGCCAGAGGACCGGAGGCCGCGUCGUCGUGGACGCGGAGUACGGCCACGCGGCGGCCCGCCGUGGCCGGGGGGGCGGGCGGACCACCGGAGGCGCCGUGGCGCCCGCGCCGCUUGGCUGCGACGAGCUCGCCGCCGCGCUGCGGCUCUUGCCCGUGCAGCGCAGGUGCGCAGGGCCGCCGCGCGGCGUCGCGUCGGGCGGGCGCGCCCCAAGAGCGGUGGCAGGAACGCGGGGUCGGCCUGCUUGGAGUAAUCCUUCGCCGGAGUGA